AUGGUGCGGCUGCACAAGCUUCUUUUCAUGGCUAUUGUUGGCAUUGUGCCUCAUGCCAAAAUGAAUCAACAGUGGAGUAGAUGGUUCAGGAGUGCUCAAGAGGCAAAAGAUAAGGUGGAAGCUCGUAAACUUGCUGUCGCUGAGUGGGAAGCUAUGGGUAGGAUUAUUACCGACGACAAGAAAAGCAAGGAAGCUUGGGACUCUAACACUAUCACACCUGGCACAUCAUUCAUGGCCCUUCUAGCAGUGUUGUUAUGGUACUACUGGGUCGUGGAGAAGAUGAACACUGAUCCAGGGUGGAAAGAUGUAUGCAGGGAACAUUUCUUAGGGAUCUUUCUGAUUCAUUUCUUGUAUAGCUUACGCAGACAGCGCACUGCAAACCCCAGUCAUGACCCUAAUACUCAACAUGUAAUUCAUGGUUUGGAUGCUGAUCUCAUUAUGCUUGCCCUUGAAGAUGUGUUUGUGCAGGCCAAAGGUUCUGGGUGCCGAAUAUGUGGACCAGAAGGUCACUAUGCCACUCAAUCCUCCUCCACCAGAAAAAAACUGUUCAUUUUCCUCAAUGUCGCUAUUUUGCACAAGUAUCUGGAAUCUGAGUUGAAUGUGAACAAUACACCCUUCCCUUUCGAUUUGGAACAGGCUAUUCAAGUUGAUGACUGGGUGUUGCUCAUAUUCUUUGUUGGCAACAAUUUCUUGCUGCAUUUGCCAUCACUUGAGAUUCAUGAAGGCGUGAUUGAUACUCUCUUGAGGAUCUGGAAGAUGGAGUUGCCCAGAAUGGGUGGAUAUCUGAUGAACCAUGGUCAACUAGUACUAAGUCAUGCACAGAUCAUAUUAGAGGGACUGGCAUGA